CUCGCCACAGCCUGAAGUCACGAUAACAAGGUCUGUAUCAGUCUCCAUGCCGGACAUGAAAGUGUCCGGAAUCAACCCUCCCCAACCCAUCAUCAGGACGGUUAGUGAAGCGGCAAGCUACACUUCAGAUAUCUCUACAACUCCGAGCAUCGAACGCUCGUCGUUCGAUCUCGUGGAGAAGAUGCAUUACCUGUUCGUUCGUGUGUUAAAAGCUCGAUCACUUCCCACCAAUGGGGAUCCAGUAGUGAAGAUCUCAACUUCCAACACCCACAUCGUAUCAAAACCUGCAAGAAAAACUGCCUACUUUGAAUGGGACCAGAUUUUUGCAUUCGUACGCGAUCCACCUGAUUUAUCAUCUUCCAUAUUAGAGAUCUCCGUCUGGGACCCAUCGUCGCCUUCUUCGAACUCCAUGUCUGACGCCGAUGAAAGAAAUUUCUUAGGAGGCAUUUGCUUCGACGUGACAGAAAUCCCUUUGCGGGACCCACCCGACAGUCCAUUAGCUCCACAAUGGUACAGAUUAGAAGGAGGUGGGGCCCACAACAGUGAUCUCAUGCUUGCCACGUGGAUCGGAACCCAGGCUGAUGACUCAUUUCCGGAUGCUUGGAAAAGCGACACAGCUGGUAAUACUAACUCUAAAGCAAAAGUUUAUAUCUCCCCCAAGCUUUGGUAUCUUCGAGUCACGAUUCUCGAAGCCCAAGAUGUUUUACCGAUGAAAGCAGUAAAAGAAGCUUCCUUUCAAAUCAAAUCUCAGUUAGGGUUCCAAGUGCAGAAGACCAAAAUCGCUGUGACACGAAAUGGAGCUCCAUCAUGGAACGAAGACUUACUCUUCGUUGCGGCAGAGCCAUUUAGCGACAACCACUUGAUAUUUUCCCUCGAAAACCGGCAACCUAAAGGACCAGUAACACUAGGAGUCACCAGUGUUCCUCUCACCGCCAUCGAAAGACGGGUUGAUGACCGGAAAGUGGUUUCCCGAUGGUUUAAUUUUGAAGAUACAAAGAACGAGCAGAAAGUAUAUAAAGGUAGAGCCCAUCUAAGGCUUUGCUUCGAUGGGGGAUAUCAUGUAAUGGACGAGGCAGCAAACGUGUGCAGUGAUUAUCGACCAACAGCUAGACAAUUAUGGAAACCUCCUGUUGGGAUUGUGGAGCUUGGGAUCAUUGGAUGCAAGAACUUGCUACCCAUUAAAACAGUAGAUUGUAAAGGCUCCACAGAUGCAUAUACUGUAGCUAAAUACGGACCCAAAUGGGUACGCACAAGAACUGUUUCUGACUCGUUGGAUCCGAAAUGGAACGAGCAGUAUACAUGGAAGGUUUAUGAUCCAUGCACGGUGCUGACUAUUGGCGUUUUUGACAGCUGGGAAGUUUUUGACAUGAAUGAUUCUGAUGGGAUACCAAUAGGCAAAUAA